AUCAAGUCUACCGGACCAUCAUCCCUGAAUGCAUCCAACAAGCCUGAAUCAGAUGGAUGUUAACUCUUCAGCGUACCAUCAAGGCCUUACAGAUUGUUUGAGAGCAAGACAGAAAGAGAAAGAGAGGCCUCACUUUUGUUCGACCAAGGUCAUUGAGUGGCCAGCUGCAAGGCUCUCUGUCCACCGCUGGGAUCCGUCUUCCUAUUGGACAUCCUGUCUCUGAUGAAUUGUCACUCUUCUCAUUGAGGAUCACAAAGAGGAAGCUGGUCCGUGCCAGGACACGCCCACUUUACCUCACCGGCCAAUCGUAGCUCUACAGUUGUCCAGCAUCCUUUGCACUCAGAGACACAGCUGCCACUGGAGCUCCUCUGCCGGAUUUUUUUUUUUGUUUGUGUCCUUCCCUCCAUAAUCUCUGACUACACACACUUGUUCGCUUGUGACAGGCAGCCACUGCCUUUUGGCCUUGGUCCACUUCAGUCCCCCCUGCCCGGUUCUUCAGCACCGCCCUGAGACAUGUGUGUUGUGUAGCAAAUGAGGAGGAAAGCUGGGGGAACUUCAGAGUCAACUGUUGGAACAGGACAAGUGCCCCCCCCCCUCAGCAGAGUUAUAUAACAAAAAGCAAGCUGUAUGCUCACAUCAAGAAUGCCGCUCUGUCUUUUUUGGAAACACAAGUCUGUGUUUUCCAUGCAUGCUCAGGCGUCCAGAGAAACUGGAAAAGUAUCAUCUUAUCCAGCAGCAAAACAUCCGUGGAACAUGAUGCUGCCACCACCAUGCUUCAUAGUAGGGAUGGUGUUUUCAUGCUUUGCUUUCCUCGUUUUCCUCCAGAGGUCAAAGUUUCCUGGAGUCGUCAGAGCAGACAAAGGAACAGCGAGAAGAUACAUUUUCAAUCACGCAUUCAUCCGCUCAAGGUGUCUCCGGAAGUUGUGCGUCGCUGUAGCUGCGUCCUCUGCCUGGAGGAAGGAGCAGACCCGAGAGGCAGCAGGAGAAAAGCGGUGGAAGAGCAAAAAGGGGGCCCUAGUCAUGGAGCUGUAUUGCCUGGAGUCGGACACAGCCGUGAAAGCCCAGCCUGACCCAAACAUCCUCUAUGAUGAUAGAGUGCUGCAGAGUUUAUUAACUAUUGAGGACAGUUUUUUACCUCAGUGUUCGUAUUUCCAGCGGGUCCAGAAGGACAUUCAGCCUUAUAUGAGGAGAAUGGUUGCAGGCUGGAUGCACGAGGUUUGUGAAGAGGAAAACACCAACCAAGACGUCUUUCCUUUAGCCAUUAAUUAUUUGGACAGAUUCUUAGCAGUGAUGCCUACAAAAAAAAACUAUUUGCAGCUCUUGGGAGCUGUGUGCAUCUUCCUGGCCGCCAAGCUGAAGGACUGCAGGCCGCCAUCAGCGGAAAAGCUCUGCGUGUACACAGACAACUCCAUUACACCCCGAGAGCUGCUGGAGUGGGAACUGGUCGUCCUGGGGAAGUUGAAGUGGAACAUGGCCUCGGUUAUCCCCAAUGAUUUCAUAGAGCACAUCAUGCGCCGCCUGCCCCUUCCCAAAGACAAGCAGGCGAUGGUCUGCAAACACACGCUGACAUUCAUCGCCCUUUGUGCCACAGACGACCGUCUCGCCAUGAACCCUCCUUCCAUGAUCGCCACCGGCAGCAUGGCGGCUGCGAUCUGCGGCCUCCAGCUGGACCACAGCGACCAGAGGCUGAGUCGGGACAACCUGACCGACCUGCUGGCCAAGAUCACCAACACUGAAGUGGACUGUUUGAGGGCGUGCCAGGAGCAAAUCGAGCGUGUGCUGGCCUCCAGCCUGCAGCAGGGCCAGCAGUAUGGACCCGACAGCGCCGUCAGAGGUGGCAGCAAGUCCAGGGAGCAGCAGGAUCAGUCGAGCACCCCCACGGACGUGCGCGACGUCAACUUAUGAGCUCCCAUCGCCGCCUUACUCGGCCACCGCGUGCCUGCUUACCAAUGAACUGACAGGAGCGAGACGCUGGAGGGAGAGAGGGGGCAUUAAUUGCCAGUAUCUAUUUUAAGUUGCCCCCUUCAGUGAUGGUGCGACAAUCUAUGAACUUUUAGAAACUAAGAAAUUUGUAGUUUAUCUCCUUCUUUUUUGUUUUGUUUUUGCCCCAUUCACACCUGGUUUGGGUCUUUUUUCACCUUUUUUGUACACGUCUCUAGCUAUUUAAGAAAAGAAACGGACGAAUAAUUGUUGAAGACUUGAUAGUGCCUUAGGUUCCAAAAACCUGAAAAUAUUUUUUCAUACUUGAAAAUUGCAUAAAUAUAUGAGAUAUACCGAAUGAUGUAUAUUUAGCCAGCAUUUAUAACUCUUUAAUCAGCUUUAGUGAGUAGUAAUCGAUUUACAGGAGUUUUCCUUUAUUUGGAAUUCCAUAUAGCAGUAAUUAAAGCAGAGGAGCGCUACCGUAGCUAAUGGCUCCGUCUAUCAUACUGUGCACCUGUAGCACUGCUUAUUAUUUAUGCAGAGAGGUGCUGGCUCAGAGUGGGCUGGGCCUGCUCAUGGAGGAGAAAUGAAACAGGUUUGAGGUCCGGAGCAGUCGCUGCUGUUGACUCCAUGAAGUGGCGUUUGAAUUCACCAAAGCCACGUUGUUGUUUUUGUUGUUGAUGUUGUGUUCAAGCACAGUUAGGAGUGUUUAAAUAGCUCAGAAGGGGUUAGCAUUGAUGAAAGAGUUUUAAAAAAAUAAGUUUUUGCAAGUUCUUCAAGGUUUUAGAGGCUGAGCAGUUUGUUGGGAAGGCGAGUCGAAAGCGAGUGGAAAGUGGUUGUAAAGUGAGCAGAAUGUGGGGUGAAAGAGAAAGCAAGGAGGAUUUUUUUAAGCUUUAUGAUGUUUCUGCAGGAUUUUGUUUUGCAGGAAAUCGGCGAAAUGUCGUUUUUGGGGUUUUUCUCCUGUAAUCAAUUACACCAUUGGGCCUUUUGUAGAGAGGGCGACGUGGAACGAUAUCAAUGCACUUUUAAAACACACUCCUUAAGUUUCGGUAAGGGGAUGGUUUGUGAGGACAAGUUCGGAGGGGUCAUUUGUUUUUAUUCUAUCUUUUUCUUUUAAGUUAUUUGGGUUUUUUCUGGGCUGGAUUCCCAUGGGGUGAAGCAUAUUGUUUUGAAUGCUUUGCCUCAAUUGGUGAGUAGACUUAUAAAAAUCACCCUCCUAAUGUAAAAGUUUAUAAAUCAAGGCAAGCCACAGGUAGACAUCAGUGCGCUUGUGUCAUCCUAAACUUGAAUUUAUUCCAUUUCCAGAUUUAGACCCAUUCCACUAGAUCUAAUAGUUACAUCCUUCUGUUUUGUGUUUUUCUUAUUUCUGAUCUGCAGUUUCUUUCAAAGGCGCCCCUUUGACACGUGUAAAUAACCGACAAAAAUGCUUGAAAUCCAUGUGACAUUUUAAACCCGAAACUGUUUCUCGUUUGUUCUGAUGCCUUUUUUGAUGUGCAAAAAAAAAAAAAACAGCCAAAUUGUUUUAAAUAAAAAUGCUUUAAGUUUGAGCAUGUUUAAUGCUUUUAUGUUUUUUCCAAAGUAAAAAAAGAAAUAAUCUACGACAUUCUUUGCUGCUAUUAAGCUUUUUCUUUUCUAGUCUUACACAAAAAUGCCUUAUUGUCAUUCACUUGUGUGCUGCUAUAUUUUAAUAUGUUGUGUAUGUAACAAGUCUGCUUUUCUCUGUCAAUGUACCAGAGGGAAAAGGAGCAGUUUGGUGCGGGACUGGAAAUCUGUUUUGAUCAGCAUGUUUUAUUCAUUUAUUGUUUUAAUCGUUGUAAUCUGUUCUAUCUUUGUUCUGUCAAUAUUCUUGCUGCUUCUUAUGUACCUCAGGAUAAUUAAUUGGAUAGACACAGCGAGAGGCCAUCUCACAAUUACCUCAUCACAUGUCGCAUCACACAGAAUGACUUCACUCCUAAAUCGUCGGACGGGUUUCACUUUUUUUUCUUUUUUUCCUGUAUGUUAAUAAAUCCACCUACCAGAUUCCACUGAUUUUUUUAAAAAGUGCCUCCAGCCUACUUUAAAAUGGCUAAUUUUCAUAUCUGGUGCUAGUUAAAAAUAAAAAGCCUAUACUGUGUUUUAUAUUUGUCCGAAAAAAAAAUCCAUUCGGGGAACAAGUUUGGAUCAGUUCAAUGUCAUUUAUUUUUAUCGAGGUACCCAUUUACUCGAUUCUACAAUUGUUUGCUGUGGUUGUUCAUACAAAUCCUUUUCCCAUUUAUCCCCAUGUGCAACCACCUGUGUACCUCAAUAAUUUGUUCUAAAUAAAUUGGCUAAAAUCA